AUGAAAGGACUUGAGAAGCGACAGAAGCAGCUGGUCGAAGAAGAAGACCACCUCGUUCCAAAAAAGCACGAACUAUUGAUGGGUAGAACAAAGGCUAGGGAUAUUCAAGAUGGUGCGCUUAAACAAAUGCUACGAGUGCGGAAACUGUGUCGCAAAUUGCCACUUGACGGAUGCGAAGAAACCAAAACACUCUUUCGAGAGGCUGUGGAGGGCGGAGGCAUGGCAGUCGUCAGGCUUCUUGUUGCAGUGACGGCUAUAAACAAUGGUGAAUGGUUACCGUUGAUCACUGCGUCUAGCAGAGGGGAUAUCCGUACCGUUAGGAAACUUCUCUCCGCCGGAGCUGCAGCUGAUGGCAUGGACAGCAUAUUUGGUCGGACCGCGCUCAGCUGGGCGAGCGCCGGCGGUAACAAAGCUGUCGUGCAACUUCUUCUCAACAAAUCUGCAGAUGUCAACUCGCAAGAUAACGAUGGAUGGACGCCAAUGCACUGGGCCUCGGAGAGAGGACAUGAAGAUGUAGUACGCCUUCUGCUUGAUAGAGGCGCCCAGAUUGGCUAUCGAAAGACACUUCGCGGCCAUUGUCAAUCCAUCAGUACCUUGGUCUUCUCUCCUGGCUCAGAGUUCAUAGCAACAGGCUCGCACGAGGGCGUCAUCGAGAUCUGGGAUACCGCAACAGGCGAGUGCCAAUAA